AUGCUGACAUCUCAAAAGCUGCAGAUGCCACCAGUCAUGAACGAAAGAUCACCUGAUGAUCACAAGGAUUCCGUUAUUGCUCGAAAUCCUGGGUUGUGUGGGAUCCUUCCAGCCAAUCAGAAACUGGCUUUUGUGGAUAUAGGUUUGGAUUCGAGUCGUCGGCGUCGAUUAAUUCUAAUCCGAGAGGCAGACGGGACACUUCGUCAUGCAUAUGCAUCGGAGCGUGAUCGUCUGAAUCAAAUAUUCUUUCCACUACCCGGUAGACGACUUCGCACGCCUUCCUUGUUCCGAGAUGCCAAUCUUGAGAGAGUGUACAAUGACGCAGUCGCAAAAAUUUGGGCUUGCUACCAGACGGCCUCUGAUCAAAGUGAAAACGAUAGUGCGAACAUAGUCACAAGACUCCGGUUAACGAGGCAUUAUGGACCUUUUGCUCUCUACGUAAUUUCCCGUCUUCAGCGCCCUGCUUGUCUUGUACAGGAAGCACUCUUUCACCAGGCUCUGGACACGGUCUACAGACUGCUUAUUCUUACUUCUCUCUUGCAUCCUGAAUCCAACUUUGCCAUGAAGGCCGUUGAACAGGGGAUUCCAUCGAGCACUCCGGAGCGCGAUCACUUCGUGCCAGUUAACAAAAUAAUUCUUGAUAUCGUUCGGCGGCACAAAGCCUUCAUGUGCACUGACUUUAUGGUCUUCUGGACUGUGAGGUCGAUGAAGACAAGACUACCUGGCGACUUCGCGAAGUACCUGUUGAGUAGCGCAUUGGUUCUGCGCCUGGGACUCUUCACAUUCAGCUUAUGGCAGGACGCAACUCGAUGGCCAGACGGGCAGCUGCGUUUCACGGACGUGGACUACGACGUGUUCACGGAUGCAGCGAAGGCCAUGACAACGGGGGUCAACAUCUACGAGGCGCGCCCCACCUACCGCUACUCGCCCCUCAUCGCCCUCUUCCUAUGGCCCGGCCACUUCGUCUCGACCACGUUCCGCCUCUCCGCGCCUUUCCGCGCGGUCGCCUACGCUUUCGGCAAGGUCGUCUUCAUCUCUGCUGACAUCUUCUGCGCUCUCCUUCAACGCCACAUUAUCCUCACGGAAAACGCUACCCAAUCAAUAAGCACACACACAAUCUCCUGGCUUGUUGGCGCCUUUUGGCUGUUCAAUCCCGUCACGACAACCGUCUCGGUGCGGGGCAAUGCGGAGUCAAUUCUGGGGGUGUGCGUGCUAGCCUGUUUGUGGUGCCUCCUACAAAACCGCGUGGUACUUGCGGGGCUGCUUUUUGGUCUUUGCAUCCACAUCAAGCUCUACCCCGUCAUCUACGCGCCUGUCAUCUAUCUGCAACUCAACGAACCGUCCCAUCCUUCGAUUCAUCUUCUGCCCACGAGAUGCCACUGGUGCUUCGGCCUUGCAACUCUCACCUCCCUCUCGGGGCUCACGUGGGCCGCCUACGCAGCCUAUGGACGGACCUUCCUGGACCACGCCUACUUCUAUCACUUCACCCGUGUCGACCUCUGGCACAACUUCGCACCUCAUUUCUACCCCAUCUAUCUCUUCGAGGGGUCUCUGGCACUCAACGAGACCGCCUACGACUCUAGCCUCUUCCCCUACAACCACUUCCCUGUUUGGCUCCUCGAGAUCUUCUUUUGUCCCGCCACCCUCCAGCACCUCUACGCCCUCUUCAAGGUGCUCAUCAUGCUACCCUCGGCUCUGCUCGUCAUUGGUCUCUCCUUCCAUCUCUGGCACACUCCCAGUUUCGCUUGGUUUGCCAUCACAUUCGCCUUCGUCACCUUCAACAAGGUAUGUACGUCGCAGUAUUUCCUGUGGUGGCUGGUCCUUUUGCCCCCAGCGCUGGCCCACAUUCACACACCGCCGGGGUGCCAUGAGGCCUCGAAGGGACUGUUCGGCUACGUGGCGCGCACCACCGGCCUCACCCCAAGUGUGGUUCGUCGGACCACCUCGUUGGCCGGCCUUUGGUUCGCCGGCCAGGUUUGCUGGUUGACUGUCGCCUACCUUCACGAAAUGGGCGGAGGUGCUUUCUGGGGCCGUAGUCUUUGGCUCGCCCUCUGGGGCGCCUCUGCUCUCUUCCUCGUUGUUAACGUAGUUAUUUUGAAGUGCCUGAUGAGAUGGCUCUCGACAGGUAUUUCUCUGACAUCCUCGGACAAACGUCUCAAUCACUCACAGUCACCAUCAACCUCAAUGACUUUGUUUAAGUUUGACAAGCACAAAGAGGAGCUUGAAGGCGUAAUUCGAAGGAGGAAUGUCAAGGAAACUGUAGAUCCAUGGGUCACUUAG